UUGUCGGCAUAUUAUCGCCUGGUAUAUUGAAGUAUGGCGGAUUUGCGAAAAGAGAAGGAGGUUGAUCUCAGAUAUGGGGAUGAGACUGCAAAUGUGAAUAUUCAGGAUGAAAGUGUUCAUUUACCAUUUUCUCUUGAUGAAGAACGGGGUGUGAUAAAGAAGAUUGAUUGUUUUGUGUUGCCAAUGAUGUGCCUAGUAUUUUUCUUCCAGUACCUGGAUAAGCAAAGCCUGAGUUAUGCCUCUGUUUUCGGCCUAAUCGAAGAUCUCUCCCUCCAAGGAUCGGAAUAUUCGUGGUGCUCGUCCUUGUUCUAUCUAGGUCAAUUGGUCUCCGAGUACCCAUUCAUCUACCUAAUGAGUCGAUUACCAUUAGCCAGACUAGUCGGUGCUACAAUUGUGAUAUGGGGAGGUAUAUGCAUGUGCCUCGCAGCCCCCCACAACUUCGCAGAAUUCACAGCUGUGCGAUUCCUGCUAGGCCUCAGUGAAGGCGCCGUCUCCCCGGCAUUCGUGACACUGACUAGAUAUGGGGUUACAAUGAACGGACUUGCGCAGGUCCUCGGUAGUCUCCUGAUGUACGGCAUUGGCAAAACAUCCUCAUUCCAAUUAGCUCCAUGGCGGGUCUUAUUUCUCAUCUGUGGUGCACUGACAGCUGGAUUCGGGGUUCUGUUCCACUUGGUCGUCCCAUCGAACCCUGGAACAGCAUGGUUCUUGACAAAGAGAGAACGAGAGGUCCUCAUGGCACGAAUGGCUCUGGACCGAGACGGUGGUGACCAGACUUAUUUCUCAAUUGCACAAGUCAAAGAAUCUGCCAUGGAUAUAAGGGCUUGGCUGGUAUUCGCGUUUGGGAUUCUGGUGACGAUGCAGUCGCCGGUGCUUACGUUCGCCUCCCUGAUCAUCAAAAACUUGAACUAUGACAAGUUCCAAACUAUGCUAUUUAUCUCACCCUCCGGAGCAGUACAAAUCGUGGCCAUUUGGAUCGGUAUCCUGGGCUGCAUUCUACUCCCCAACAACAGAUGCUUAGUGGUGAUAUUCCUAACCAUCCCUCCCCUAAUCGGCAACAUCUUAUUACUAAAGCUCCCGCUCACAGCUGGGUGGGGACUCAUCGUAUCUUCCUGGCUGGCAUCCUGCAUAUCCGACAUAAUGGCCAUCCUCCUAAGCCUCAGCGCCUCCAACGUAAAAGGCAACACCAAGCGCGCCACCGUCAACACACUCUACUUCAUAGGCUACUGCGUUGGGUGCAUCGCAGCGCCUCAACUCUGGAAAUCAAACGCAGCUCCUCGGUACUUUGAAGGUGUUGUUAAUGCCAUUGUGACUUGGUGUCUUCUUGUCGCUGUGAUGGGGUUGUACUGGUUUCUGUGCUGGAGGGAGAAUCAGCGACGGGAUAAGGGUGGGCAUCGGUAUGCUGGUAGGGAGUAUCGGGAUGGGGAGGAUAUUACGGAUAUUCAGGAUUCGCUUUUUAGGUAUAGCUACUAGGUGGUGAUCAUGGGUAUGUAGCAUGUUAUUUGAGCGAUUCUGGUCGUUUCUUCGGGCCUGUAUCGGUACCCUAUUUCCGAUAGAAUCUGUGACAUCUCGUGGCAGGCAUGAAUUGUUCUGCCUUUUACCUCGAUCGCGUAUUUCAAAUAGUCUUGGAUUUGGUGAGAAUAGUCCAGGAAAGGC